CCGCCAAUAAAUGCGAUACGUCGGCACUCUGUGAUGAGCUGCAUCGGAUCUGAUUCAUCAUCUGUUCAAUUCAAGGGGUUAAAUAACAGGAAGGCGGUUGUGGUGGUGAAACCAGCAGACAUUGCUCCUCUAACGGGUAUAUCUUUGUUCUCCAUCGUCUAGGAUGAGGAAUUCGUCCGGGGAGAUAUCAUAGGAGGUAUUUGAACGGCAGUGCUACCGAGCCACGCAGCCUUCUGCUUGGGCCACUGAGGACCUACCUUGGUGAAGACUCCCAGAGGGCCAGAGACAUGGGGAAAUGGGGAUGGCGAGUGGACGCCUCCCGUUGGUCUCUUCAACUGCUGCUGCUCCUGGCCUCGUCACUGACUCUGGCCACCGACCUUCCCGGUCUCAAAUGUCUGUGUGACUUCAACACUGCCAUCUCCUGUGAUUGGAACAGCUCGGCCCAGUCUCCUCCCAUCACGGCUGCCACCUCAUGCAAGCUCAAAACCGAAAAGAUACGCCCCCGUGGUGGACCAACUAACUAUAAAUCGGAAUGUGAUAUGAGGCCCCGGGACCCUGCUCACCCAGCCUUACGAGCAUGCCUCCUGGUCUUACCACCAAAAUUGAGCCAGGGGUUUAGACACAUCGAUAAGUGGAAAAUUGUUCUGGACUGUGAGUCUGUGAACCUGGCCUCCAUCAUCUACAGGCCAGCAGACUACACAAAGCUGAAGAGACCCAGCACGCCUGAGGUCAACCUGACCGCCGUCUCAUUCUCUGAGGUCCCUAGAUUAGAAUGGAUUGACCGGCGUGACAUCCAACUGCAGUGGAUAAAAGUGGGUCAACCAUGGGGGGCUCAGAACAUUACGAUGGAAACCAGGUGCGAUCCCCUGUGCCAGAUGGAGUUAACCGGGCUGGAGAAGGGAGAGCAGUACCAGGCGCGCAGCCGAGUCCGUCCUAGCCAGGACCUGUACAAAUCAGAGUGGAGCGACUGGAGCCCUGUGUUGCAGUGGGUCUCUGCCGUCGGGACGGAAGUAUCAUCAACGACAGAUCACAGCAUCCUCUCCCAAUGUCUCUGUUGGAAAGAAAAAUGCCGAAAGGAUGAAGCGACUCGGAACAAAGAGCAGAGGAUGUUCACAGACCUACACACGACGCUAGUCGGAGAAGGACUGAUAGCGGCCCGCCCCCUCGACUCAGGGCCCCCAAGGGGGGGUGACCAAGGCAACGGAGGAGGACCCUUGGGAGUCUAUGGUCGCAUGUACCCCACACUGCCAUCGUGUGGCCCAGAUGGGGAAUACAUCUUCCCGAUGCAGCCAUCGUCGCCAUCUGGUGGUUUACAGGAGUCAAGACACAGUGUUCUCUCAGACGUCAACAGCUUUAUAGGCGAGUACCCGGUCAUCUGCAGUACCCCCCACGUGCCACGGAAGGGAAAUCCAUCUGCCCCACCUGACUAUGCUAAUCAUGAUGCGAUCCAGAUCCCACAACAAUUUCUACAUCCGAACCCCCCAAUACAACAACCCCCCGAGGUGAGGCCUGGAACAGUGACUAAGAAUGAAUCACGCAUUGGAGGAUUUGAUGACAACAAACAACCACACUGCAGUGCGAUGGGAGGCGCAGCAACACCACACAUGACGACCAAAGAUGAGAAAGACGAAAUAGUUAACCUCAGGCCCUUGAAGAAGAUAGAAAGCGCCGAGGGACGCACAAUCCUCUAUGAACCCUCCAGCCCGAAGGACAUCGAAAAAUGGAGUACGGAAAUCGACCACCCAAGGAGAGCAGGCCUACAGCCAUGGAUGAAAUUGAAACAACUGAUGCUUCUGUACGAACUCCACCCCUACGAUGGCUUUGCUAUAUUGUUCAAACACCUGAGCGGCACUGAGCGCACCCAGAUUCGAUACGAUGUGGAAGAUGCCAUAGGAGAAGACGGAAUGAGACCAGAGAAGGGAUGGGAGGCCAUAAAGGCGUGGAUCCAAAAGCACUCCAAGGCACAGGUCAACUGGACAACAAUCACUCGUUGUAUGCAGAAGGAAGACGAGGGUCUGGACCAGUUCAAUAAGCGCUUCUUCGAAUGUUAUUUGCUGUACUCAGGCCAAACUGAAUAUGAUAUGGACAACAUCGACCAGUCACAGGACUUGCCUUUGAAGACCAUGUAUCUCCAGCAGGUACUGCCGGAGAUCCGAAGGGGAGUAAAGACAAGGUUUCCCGGCUGGGACAACCAAAGCAGCACAAUGGCAGAGAUCAAGGAAUUCGGAGAAAAGGUGGAUCGAGAUGAAGAAGUCAGGAUUAGAUUCCUGGCUGACGAGAAGAAGGAAAUAGCCAGGGAACGAGAAAGAUUCCCCCAGUCCAACAGGGACAGCGGACGAUUCCCCCAGCCAGUCAGACAGAAAGAACCUCGACCAUGCCACAACUGUGGACAAAUUGGACACUGGAUAAGAGAAUGUAAAGCCCCUCGAAAGAUGUACCGUGACCGCUCCAACGAGAGAGUAGGGGAAGAAAAUCGCUCAGACAAAAUGAGGGAACUAUUGAAGAAGUUACAGGCGUAGAGUGCUGAAGAACUCAGCCGCAUAUGCGAUUCAGUGUCGGAAACCAACAAUAACACCAACUUGGAAUGACACUCGUUAGAUUUGGCACGCAAACUAACUGAUACGGGGUGAAGAGUAGGGAGUGUUUGAGUGUUUGUUAUUUUCAUUCCUUUAUUUUCACGAGAGGUUAGUCUUCGAAAGAUGCUAGGACUUUUGUCACUGCCUAUCUAAGUUCAUGUUGG